UGUCACCUGACCCACACAACAUGUCCAGCUCGGGAAUUGUACUUUACGGCACAGACUUCAGUCCCUGCGUAAGGGCCGUCAAACUGACCCUGAAGGCUCUAAAUUUGGACUACGAGUACAAGGAGGUGAAUCUUCAGGCGGGCGAGCACUUGAGCGAGGAAUAUCUGAAGAAGAAUCCCCAGCACACGGUACCGGUGCUCGAUGACAAUGGUACUCUGCUCUGGGACUCGCAUGCCAUUGCCGCCUACUUGGUGGACAAGUAUGCCAAGUCGGACGAACUGUAUCCCAAGGAUCUAGUCAAGCGGGCGAUCAUCAAUCAGCGCCUGUUCUUCGAAGCCAGCGCAAUCUUCCCUGGGCUAGUCAAUGUUGUCGGUCCCUUCUGGACCACCGGAUGCACAGUGGUGCCCCAGGAGAAGCUGGACUCCAUUCAUCGGAGUCUAAAGAUGCUGGAAACCUUCCUGAGCAGCAGCUCCUAUCUGGUGGGUGAUUCCCUGACCCUUGCCGAUCUGCUCUCCGGACCCACAGUUAGUGCCCUCCGCGCUGCCGUCGACAUUGAGCCCGUGGAGUACCCCAAGGUAUGCGCUUGGUUGGAUCGCCUCAAUCAGAUUCCCUACUACAAGGCAAUCAAUGAGGGUCCGGUUCAGGGCUACGUCGCCUUCUUGCGCAGCAAGUGGACCAAACUGGGUGCCUAAGUAGGGAAAAGAAUCCACAUUAGUACUGAACCCAUUAUGAACCCAUAAACUUGAGCCACCAUGUACAUUGUCUGCAUACUAGUUAAUAAAUUUUAACUUUU